AAACAAAAAUAUUUAAACAAAUGUGGAAAUAAUGGAAAGGAAAAAGUUCCAAAAUAUUUUAUGGUGCAUCUCCAUUUGGGGCCUCUUACCGGGGCAUAUAGUACAAGGAUCGCCUUUUAAUGAUGUGGAAAAAUCAAUUCGUUUGGAAAAAUCGGAAGAAAUUAAAAAAAUCAUAGAUGAAACUAUUGAUCCAUGCAGAGAUUUUUAUAAUUUUGCCUGUGGAAAUUGGAAACGAUUAAAUCAAGCCGAUGAAAAUGAACCAAGAAAAAGUCGCCUCUUAAAUGUUAAUAAGGAAUUUGAGGUGAAAUUAGGAGAAAUGUUGGAAGGAUGCAACAAAGAGGAGCUGAAUGACAAUGAAAACAAAGUUGUGGAUUUCUAUGAAUCAUGUUUGCUAAGUGAUCGUGAUUGGAAGCGGGAGGAUAAUAGAAACAGAUUGAGAGAAAUUACAAUGGAAUUUGGAAAAAUGCCUGUAGUUGAGGGUGAACGAUGGAGUGGAGAUGAUUUUGAUUGGUGGCAGGCAAUUGCCAAAAUUGUUCAUAGAUAUGGCAUUAACAUUAUAUUUGGCUAUGAAGUUAUAUCAAAUCCCAAAAAUGUUUCCAUAAAUACCCUGGUGUUGAAACAUCAAAAGUUUGAAUUUCCUAUGGCGUUGUAUGGAAAUUAUGCUCUGGGAAAUUUAUGGAAAAAAUACCAUAUCAAGGUCUCUGAAAACUUACAGGACUAUUUUGGCUUAGAUGCCAAACUUGCCAAUCAAACUGCCAAGGAUAUUUUGGAUUUUGAAUCUAAACUAGCCAAGGGAGGAGCCCAUAAUCGCUAUGGACCAGAUGAGUAUUGGAGUGAAACAACGGUCAGUAAAUUACAAAGGAAAUAUAUGCCUUAUUUGGAUUUGAAACAAUAUUUUAAUCUGGCAUUUGAGACAAUACCAGAUGAAAUUAUUAUCGAACAAAAUGAGGCAUAUCAACAUAACAUGAUUGAGGUCAUAAAAUCUACACCCAAGAAGAUCGUGGCGAAUUAUAUAUUUUAUAAUCUCAUAAAUCACUUUGGAUCUAUGAAAUCAUCUUGCAUUACAGAAACCCGAAAACACUUUCGUAAUCUAUUGGAAAAUAUGUGGUAUAGACGCAAUAAUUUACAAGAAAUUGAGAAAUCGGUUUCUAAUAUGUUUGAGGACCUAUUGUCGGUGUUUAAUCGUACUCUCAUAUCCAAGGCAUAUAAAUGGAUAAAUCCUCGAGUCCGUCGUUAUUCCACAGAAAAAUUAAAUGUGCUGGCCAUAAAUAUUUACAAUUAUAAAAAUGUUAACUUUACCGAAGAGUAUGGAGAUCUAAUACUGGAACCCAACGACUUUAUUGGAAACUUAAAAAGAAUUUACUCCCACAAAACUGCUAGAAAUCGUGGGAAAUUCAAUCAGCUAUCCUCGCCAUAUUAUGACUCAGAAAACAUGCCGCUGGGUCCGAAAUACAUACGCCGUGAAAACCGUAUUCUCAUACCCUUGGCAGUUUUACAACCCCAUCUAUUUCGAUCCACCCUAUAUCCCUUGGCGGUGAAUUUUGGCCAAUUGGGUUUCCACAUAGCCCAUGCCAUUGUUCAUGCCUUCGAUGAUGAGGCGCGUUAUGCCGAUAAAUAUGGCAAUGAAGUCGAUUGGUGGGACCAUCGUUCAACGGUAUUUUUCAACGAUCGCACCGAUUGUUUUCGCCAACAAUACCGGCAAUAUUCCUUUGCUGGUCACCCCUGGCCCGACAGUGUUGUCCAAUCGGAAAACAUAGCCGACAAUGGUGGCAUACGUUUGGCCUAUCAAACCUACAAGACAUGGUAUGAAUAUACAUUUCGCCCGCAAAAUAAUUUGGAUCAAGAACAGCUGCCAGAUUUGAAAUAUAAAAAUAAGAAACUAUUCUUUAUAUCCUACGCUCAAACAUUGUGUUCAAAUAUUCAUCCUGAUUAUUUUCCUAUUGUAUUGGAUGAAGAGUAUUGUCCACCGGAAAGUAUCCGUGUCACAGCCUCUCUAUCGAAUCUUGAAGAAUUUUCCCAGGUGUUCCAGUGCCGCAAAGGAAGUAUUAUGAAUCCACAAGAUAAAUGUAAACUUUAUUGAUUCGUUUAAAUAAAUAAAUAA